AUCUCUGUACUUUUUUUUUUUUUAACAUAAAUGAAGAACAAGGUGGUCUCGACCAAAAAAAAAAAAAAAAAACAAGAAGAAUAAGAAGGAGGACGGUUAUCUCUCUACUUCUUUUAGAAGUAGAAUCUAAACGAAAAAUGUACAAGACAAAGAAGCUAUGCGCUCCUCUCUCCACCAUUUUUCGCGGAGUUCUUCCAACAAGACGCCGUUUGUCUCCUUACUUUUCAAAUUCACAAAUUCCAUCUUUAUCCUCUCACCUCCAAUCUUCUUCUAGGGUUCCUCCAAGCUACGCUCUCCAUUUUCUCCUGAAUUCAAACUUUUCCUUUCAAAAUUUAUGCUCUCAAUCCGCCGCAAAGCUCGAUUCUUCAACAAAAAGGUGUUGGAACUGCGUCGCCGACAAGACUGGAACGACGCCGUUCCUCUAUUGUGAUUCCUGCAGGAGCAUUCAGCCCGUUGAUUUAUCCAUCGAUUACUUUCAGAUUUUUGGGCUAGAAAAGAAGUAUGAAAUUGAGGUUGACAGUUUAGAAGGGAAGUACAAGGAUUGGCAGAAGAAAUUGCAUCCUGACCUUGUUCAUUCAAAAUCCGAGAAAGAGAGAGGAUAUGCUGCUGAACAAUCUGCUCGUGUUAUCGAUGCAUAUCGCACGCUUAGCAAGCCGUUGUCUAGGGCAAUAUACAUCUUGAGGCUUGAAGGAGUAGAUGUUGAUGAAGAACAGACGGUUUCUGAUCCAGAGUUGCUCACUGAGAUUAUGGAAAUCAGGGAAGCUGUAGAAGAGGCUCCAGAUUCACAAGCUCUAAAUCAGAUUCAAUCUAAGAUGGCGGAGAAACUGGAAGAAUCAUCUAACUCGUUUGUGAAUGCAUACCAAAGCAGGAAUUUUGAUGAAGCUGUGGCUUGUAUCCAAAGGAUGACUUACUAUCAGCGUGCAAGUGAAGAAAUUUUGAAGAAGCUUUGAUAGAGGUUCAUACUGCUCUAGCAAUGUUAUUAUAGGGUCAGCAACUUUAAAGAUUUGAGGAGAUGACAACAGAUGUAUGAUUUGAUUGAACAUCUGGUUGAUGACUCCUUGAUGCUAUGUAAGUUAAACACAUAUGCACAUGAAGAAAAUAAAAUAUAAAGGCCAGGUCAUGGUUGAUUGAAUGCUAUUAUAGUGGAUAGUUCAGAGCUGGACUAGUUGAUUAGGCUCUUGGUAUUUGUUUGGCCUAGCAAAUAUCCAAGUGCUGAUAAGUGCUUGUGACAGUAACGGAUAAUUUCUUGGAAUAUUUUAAUGGCUUCAUCUAAAAAUGUCAUUAUUCCCUUUGCAACUUUACUGAGCUCCUUAAUGAAUAUGUUUUACAAGUUGAUACGUGCCCAA